AUGUUUGACAAGCAGCAAAACGGCGAUGCCUCUGACAUUACUGGCUCCAACGAGGAGCCCCCCCAAGAUGAAUACUCGCUAGAUGGGUUCUAUGGCUGGCUACUAGCUGCCUUGGAUGAUGAUACCCCGCAAGACGCUACAUCAACACAAGUCCCAGGUGGAAUUGUCGUAAACGGCAAUGGCCUCGUCAACGACCCCGAGCUCCAGAUCCAGCACAAUAUGAGCCUUCUGGCCGCGGCAACCAGAACGGAUCCCUUGGACGUCGAAGCUGAUAUUCAGUUCGUAAAUCCCAGGGACCUCCAACUUAAUAAUCAGGUCACCAUAAAUUCCAGGGACAUCGAAGCUGAUGAUCAGUUCACCAUGGAUCUCAUGGACGUCGAAGUUGAUAACCAGCCUACCACGAAUCUUAUGGCCAUCGAAGCUGAUAAUCAGUCCAUCGCGGAUCCCUUGGACGUCCAAGAUCAGUUCACUAUGAAUCUCAUGGCCAUCGAAGCUGGUAAUCAGUCCAUCGCGGAUCCCUUGGACGUUCAAGAUCAGUUCACCAUGAAUCUCAUGGCCAUCGAAGCUGAUAACCAGCCUACCACGAAUCUCAUGGCCAUCGAAGGUGAUAAUCAGUUUACCACGAACCUCAUGGCCAUGGGAGCUGAUUUUCAAACCAUGAAUCUCAUGGAAAUCGGAGCUUAUGAUCAACCCGGCGAGCAUAAUGCUUCUAUUAAUGCCGACUUCCAAGUCGCACAUAGUAGCUCUGAGGAGCAGCAAGAGCAACAUCAACUACAACAAGAACAUCAACUACAUCAAGCGCAUCAAGAGCUUCAAGAGCUUCAAGAGCUUCAAGAGCUUCAAGAGCUUCAAGAGCUUCAAGAGCUUCAAGAGCUUCAAGAGCUUCAAGAGCUUCAAGAGCUUCAAGAGCUUCAAGAGCUUCAAGAGCUUCAAGAGCUUCAAGAGCAUCAAGAGCCUCAAGAACAUCAAGUACAUCAAGUACACCAAGUGCAUCAAGUACAUCAAGUACACCAAAUGCAUCAAGUGCAUCAAGUGCAUCAAAUGCAUCAAAUGCAUCAAAUGCAUCAAGUACACCAAGUGCAUCAAGUGCAUCAAAUGCAUCAAGUGCAUCAAGAACAACAGCAACAGGAGCUGCUGCUGCAACUACAACCCCAGAACCAGACGCCUCCCGAGAACGACGACAUAAAUAGGUUCACACUGGUUAGAGAUCGCUGCCGGGCGGUUUAUAACGCAAUCUGCGGCAUUGUUAGGAGUAUGAACCAGUCGUUUAGAGAUGGAAAUCAGACGACCGCCCAGAUCCUAGACCCUCUUCGAGUUGGCCCCAGAACGCUUCGUUGGAUCCAACAUUGGCAGAAUUUGGCCGCCGAGCAUCAUAUAACAGAAUCUUUGCAAAAUGACGCCAUAAAUCCCAACAACAGCACCACCAACUACAAUUUCUUCGAUUGCCUGUUGAUCAGAGCUCUCUGUCCCGCGCGUGACUUGGUGAGCAUCAUAGGGCGUCUUCGCAAUAGAGGAUUCUUACAGGGAAACGGAGUCCAUGAGAUUGACAUCGACUUGCGUCGACUCAUCGUUGAGUGCCACGCAGUCACUCUCGGCGCUUUUAGUGCACUGUUGUCUGUUCUACAGUGCGAUCUCAGUCUUCUGCCAAUCCUCGAAGCACCUGGCACGACUCGUGCUGCUAUCUAUCCGGCUCAGCGCGACGCAUUAGUUGAAGUUGUGAGAGCCAUGACGGACGCUAUUUAUCAACAAAUCUCCACUGUUCACUCAGUCUUGAGCAGACUCCCUCAAAUGCGCUUCUUGCGACCACAGCAACAAAUAGAGGCUCUUGCCGAACUGCCGUGGCCGCUGAUAAUGGAAUCGGCAUCACUUAGAUCACACGUCUUUCCAUCGGUGCAACCCCUGGGAGGAGUCCCACUGGACCCUAUUGCAUACUCCAGUGCCAUCGAGGCAUUUAUCACUGAGAGAGAGAGAGAGGUCUGCGGUAUACUUCGCGCUAUUCAGCAAAGAAUCCCUCCAGCAUAA